AUGCCCGCUGUCACUUUCCUCUUCAACUUCGCUGUUGACGAAGUCAGGAAAAUCGCGUUCACAGGACACGACUUGGAAGGUGUGGAGCUACUCCCAGGUGAACGACUUCUUGAUUUAGAGUAUGCUGCUGAUAUUGCCCUCAUCUGUGACAGCUCACAAACGUGCCAAGCGGUACUGGACAGAUUAGCACUAGCUGUCCGUCACUUCGGGCUUUGCUUCGCACCCUCGAAGUGCAAAGCGUUUCUCCAAGAUUGGCCUGGACCGCCUCCUACGCUGAUCCUUGGUGGGGAUCAGCUAGAAGUCGUUCAAAAAUUCAACUACCUAAGAAGUUGUAUCAGCGCCCGUGGGAUUGAAGAUGAAAUCACGAAACGUAUAGCAAAAGCCCUGGGCGCUUUUGGUAACCUUCGCCACUUAUGGCGCCGGCGCGACAUCACUCUUGCCCUGAAGGGUAGAGUGCACAACUCAGCAGUACGUUCGACCCUAUUGUACGGUUGUGAAACCUGGCCACUUAAUGCAGCGGACCUGAAGAGGCUAGUUACGUUCGACCACCGGCGCCUUCGUAAUUUAGCUCACAUUUGGUGGGAACACCGCGUGAGUAACGAGCGUGUUCGACGCCUUGUUUAUGGCACUGGAAAAGGAAAUGAACCGCUCAGCACCGUUAUUUCACGCAUCAGGCUCCGAUGGCUCUGCCACGUGUUACGCAUGCCAGCCCACCGACUUCCGCGACGUGUGUUGUUUUCGCGCCGGGGGUGUGGAUGGAAGAAGAGGAGGGGUGGCCAAGCGAUGACUUGGUCCAGAGGAAUGAAGACCCUCACUUCUGAGCUGGCCUCGGUUGGAGCGUCUCGGCUCGCUGGUUGGGGUCCGAAAGACGAUGAACUCGUUUGGUUGGACACACUUGCUGAUAUGGCUAGGAGCCGACCUCAGUGGCGUUCGUGCUGUGAGUUUCUUUGUCCCACCCCAUCCCUCUUAGCCUCCCCCUCCAACCACGAUCUCAUUACUUAG